CUAGAAGCGGCACGAUUCUUUUCUUUUUCUUCUUUUCUGUUUCACAUACACAAAAGGCCUGCUCGUGCGGUACACUUUUGCCUUCUUCCUCCUCUGUACUAGUAUUCCUGCAACUCGGUUCUCAGUUGCAGCCCAAGCGAAUUCGUACCCCACCCGCGCAAUAAACCCACAGCCAUGAGCCAGCAGGGAGAGCCUCAGAGCAACGACGGAGCGAUGCGUGCAGUCAAGGACUGCAUCGCGGGGUCAGCCGGCGGUAUCGCGCAGGUGCUGGUCGGCCAGCCGUUCGACACUGUCAAGGUGCGUCUGCAGACCCAGCCGGAUAUGUACAAGGGAACCAUGGAUGCUGUGCGCAAGACGAUCCAGAACGACGGCUUCGGCGGCUUCUACAAGGGCACCACCACGCCCCUGGUUGGUGUUGGUCUGUGCGUGUCGAUCCAGUUCCUGGUCAUGGAGCACAUGAAGCGGACCUUUGGUCGCAUCAACGGCACUCCUGCCGGCCAGGCCCCUGUGCUUACCCCUUCGCAGCUCUACAUGGCUGGCGCUGCUGCUGGUGUCGCUAACAGUGUUGUGUCAGGACCUGUCGAGCACAUCCGUGUUCGCCUGCAGGUGCAGAGCUCGGGUGCUGCCGCCGAGUACAAGGGCCCGGUCGCCACGCUCAUUCGCGAGUUCAACGGCUACGGUAUGUACUUCCUUGCCUACGAGGCAUUGGUGCAGCGCACCAUGGCGUCCACUGGCAAGUCGCGUUCGGAGCUGUCGACGGCCCUCGUGUGCCUGUACGGCACUGCUGCUGGCUUUGCCAUGUGGGGCACAUCGUACCCGAUCGAUGCCAUCAAGAGCAAGCUCCAGACUGAUGGCUUCUCGGGUGAGAAGCGCAAGUACUACGGUACCCUGGAUUGCGCGCGCAAGAUCAUGCGCCAGGAAGGUCUCAAGGGAUUCUUCCGCGGUAUCACACCCUGCCUGCUCAGGGCGGCCCCGGCCAACGGUGCCACCUUUGUCGGAUUCGAGAUUGCCAUGCGCUACCUCGGCUAAGGAGGUGGC